AAAACAAAUAGUACGAAACUUAAUUAAUUUGUAUAUGCAUUGUAUUACUCAAUACGUUAAUUAGGAAUACUAGGCGUUGUCUUGUGUAAAACAUUUAUCGGGAGUCGCGUUCUGGUUAGCAUUUUACAUUCAACUAUUCGGAGUUCUCUCCCCAUAAUAACAAUUAACCAAUGAAAGGACGCCUGUGUUAACCAACUGAUAUUUUAACCUAUCAAAUUAUAUUUUGCAGAAAGAUCUUUGGCAGGGCUUAGCAACAAAACAACAUACUCUGUCACUUGAACAUUUAUUGUAUGGUGGUUUUCUUCGAAAUCUUUAUUUGCACAAAUGGAUCAAACCAAACGCCCAUUGUUAAUUCCGCCAGAAUUUGCUAAUUAUGCAGAAAAGAAUGGAGUAUUUGACAUGUAUAAGAAACUGCUUGAACAGUUGAUUAUCAAUAAACCAGAAGAUCCAAUAGCAUUUCUAAUUGAACAACUGAAAAGAGAAAAUGAUGAUGUUCCACAGGUGAUUAUUCUUGGGCCUCCUGCAUCUGGCAAGCGAUCCAUUGCAAAACUGGUUUGUGCCAAGACCCGUGCAGCACACCUGACUAUGGAGAAUCUUGUGGCAGAAGCAGAGGUGGAUGUUAAAGAACAAGCAGAACAAUUCAUCAGCAGGAAGCAGGCUGUGCCAGAUCGGUUGUGGUUGAGGAUAAUUCAAUCCAGAAUGAAGCUGUUUGAUUGUGUGAAGAAAGGCUGGGUUCUCGAGGGCUUCCCACAGACUCGAGAUCAGGCUCAGGUUCUUCAAGAGAACGGCAUCUAUCCCAAACAUUGCAUUAUACUGGAGGCUCCAGAUACAGUUUUCAUUGAACGGGCUGCAGGGAAGAGGUUCGAUAGAGUGACUGGAGAUGUGUACCACACCACGUUUGACUGGCCAACAAGCUCCAUCGUCCAGGCCCGGCUGGAGGAAGUGGUCGGUAACACUGAGGAGGAAAUUGUUAACAGACUUGUUAACUACCAUCGCUACAUUGACGGGAUACGGCGCUGCUUUAGCACUGUUUUCAAGACGAUCAACGCUGAUCAGCCCAAGGCUGAUGUCUUCUCUCAGGCAUAUACCUUCUUGUGCAGUCAGCCAAGGACAAAUGCCCCACAUACUCCACGAAUCAUCUUGCUAGGUCCAACUGGAAGUGGCAAGGGUGUACAGGCAGCAUUAUUGGCAUCUAAAUAUAAUAUUGUUAAGGUUUCUUGUGGUCAGCUGAUUAAACAAGCAAUUGUAGAUGAGAAGAAAUCUGGACUAGCUGCAAAGAAUUACAUAGAGAAACAUUUUCCAAUUCCUGAUAACAUUGUAAUGAGCAUCUUGAAAGAGCGACUCAGUCAGUUGGACUGUGUCACACGAGGCUGGGUCCUGCACGGAUAUCCAAGGACACGGGAUCAAGGGGAACAACUUCAGCGGGCAGGAUUUACACCAAAUAGGAUAUUCUUUUUGGACGUUCCGAACGACUCUGUCCUGGAGCGACUGACCCUGCGGAGAACGGACCCUGUGACGGGCGACCGUUUCCACCUGCUGUACAACCCGCCGCUGUCACUGGAGGUGAAGGAGCGGCUGGAGCAGCACCCGACUGACAAUGAGGACGAGGUGCGGCGCAGGCUGGCCAUGUACCACCUGGAGGUGGAAGAGCUGGGAGACCUCUACGUGGACGGGCAACACGUCAACGCAGACCAGGACCCACACACUGUCUUCGAGUGUCUCGAAAGUGUUAUAGUCAACCCAUUGCCAAAACGGUUUUAGGUUUGGGGUGAUGCAGACCAGGACCCGCACACCGUCUUCGAAUGUCUCGAAAUUGUCUUAGUCAACUCAUUGCCAAAACGAUUUUAGUCCUGGGAUGACGUGUGUUAGGGUAUUCUGUACAGUUGAAUUGGCUGUUAAAGGGCACUUAUGUAUAACAUCAUUUUGUUUACAAAUUUUACUUAUGUCCCUUCCAUACAAAAAUAAAUAUGUCCCGUAUACAAAUAUGUCUAUUCGAAACACAAAUGUCCCUUCCAUGCUAAAAUGUUACUUAAGUCCUUUCCUUACACAAAUCCUUUCCUUACACAAAUCCUUUCCAUACUCAAAUAUGUCCCUUCCAUAUACAAAUACAUCCCUUCCAUACACGCAUGACCAUUCCAAACACAAAUGUCCCUUCCAUAAUCAGAUGUUUGUGUUGAGUUGUUUUAUUUUCUUGUAAAAGUGACCAACUUGAUAAAAACACAUUCAGCAACUCCAGUGGCCUGUGUAAACAGGUCUGACUUUUAUCUGUGAAAUGACUGUUGUACUGUUGACUAUUUUUCAUUUUGACCGUUUAUGACACAUUUGUUAAAACUAUUAAUGUAAAAUAUUGAAUUAUAGUGGGACAAAAUGUUUAUUGUCACAUGGAAUAUUCUGCUAAAUGUUGGAAUGCAAACUGUACGUCCUAUUUGGACUUUCAUAUCUAGUUACUUUAAUAUUUUAUAACAGGAGGGUAAAUCCGAUCCAUGCACAUAAUUAUUCUUUAAAAACUAUAUUGUAAGCAUAACAUUGUGAUCAACUAUGAAUUUUGCAACAUUAAAACAAUAUAGUAAUUCUGGAACCCACAAGACAAGACAGAUAAAAUAUUGUAGCAGAUGUACAUUUUUUCAAAUGUUAAGAUUACAUCUUACUUUUUGAUUGGUUUAUUUUAGUGUUAUAUGUUUUAAAUUUGUUUUAGUAAAUAUUUAUAUUCUUAAUAUGACAAUAAAGAUACAGGUACAGUGUAGUUCUUCCGCUGAUAAAAUGUGUAUUGUCACACAAAGCAUAGUGUUUGGGUGAAUUGAAACAUAAGGUCAAGUGUAGAUCAAAAAUCUUAACACAGUAUUAGUGUUUGCAAACAUUAAAUUCCAGUCCAUUGCCAAAACAGUUUUUGUUAUGGGAUGUUUGUUUGUGUUUUUGUUUUGUUCUGUCAAGACCUGGAGCCUGUUUUACAAAACAUCGUAAAUCUAGCAGUUAUAUCUGACGUCAUAUAAAAUGUGUUGAGCGAGUCGUUAAAUAAAACAUUUCAUUUCAUUCCAUUCUAGCAGUUAUAUUUAAAUGUGUUGGACAUCCAUUCCACACCAGAAAUUGCAUCAUUAUGGAAGAAAUAUAGAUAUACUUAAAACUAUAUAAGUUGUACUGUUAGUAGAAAUAUGAACUGUGGUUAAGUAAUAAAUUUACGCUUACGUGCAAAAUUAGAUUAACAAUGAUUUGUGAAAUUGGUCCCUGAUGUUGCCUACUGAACAAGCUGCAUCUAAAAAAUUCAGUUGGUGGAAACAGCAUAUCCAGUAGAUUGCUUGAUGAUACAUCUGUGAUGUAAUGUGCAAUGCUGUUGUUUAUUUGGUAGUUAUACCUACAUAUUGCUACUGCAAUAACUGAACUAGGGUUUUGAACAGUAUGCUUAGUUGCUUUUUCACCCAUUUGUUUUAAUGAUCAAUUGAAGAGCAGUAACGUACCCAAUUUUCCUCGACUCGAGACCAUAUUAAUUUCCAUGUAUACCUCACAAUGUCAUAUUGAAACAAUAUUUGUAUUUAUACAAUGUGUAUUGUCACUGAUGUUUUAUGUACUUUAUAAUAUGAGAAUUAAAGGUUUAAAUAUUCA